UACUCGAGAUCGUUAAAGUGGUGCGGUUAGCGGCGCAAACGAGCCGAAAUACACACACGAAUAUUAUACUUGGUGAGCCGAUGAUUGAGCGAAUAUAAAUUGGUCGACUAUUGAUUGUGGCUAGUUAACAAAUAAGGAAAGUGGUGGUGUGACACAAUAACUGAUAUAUACCUACAUACAUAACGCCAAGGACGCAAAGUGUGUGUGACAGUAAAAAAUAUAAAAAAAGUCGAAGAAGAAGUCGCGAUUGCCGGUGUUCUGCAACAUUACAAGUGUAUUGGCGGCAAUCGCGUACUCGGUGUGGCCCCGUACAAUAAAAAAUAACCACAAGCCGCUACCACGUCGACAACGACGGGUCAUCCCUGCAAGCUCUUCGAUCCGUCGUCUAUCCUCGAUGAGAGGAGGCACAUGUCAAUUGCUACUGCCAACAAUGCAGGGCCUGGCCCAUAUAAACUGGGUGAUGACCCAUACAACUGGGCCAAUAUGAGCGGAAUAAGUGGCAACAACACGAAAAAGAGAAAGAAAUCAGAUGCCAAGUCUCAAUCGCAAAUCAACAAGUGCCUUAAUGAGAAGAAGCGCCGGGAAACGGAGAACCACUACAUCGAGGAGAUCUACGAGCUGCUCACCUAUAUGUUUCCCGAGGAUAUGAACACUCGCGCCAAACUCGACAAAUGUCAGAUUCUUCAGAAGGCUGGUAUUCGGUUGCAAUUACCGCCCGAAGAUCAGUCUACGCAUCACAUUGUUUCUAAUGUGCGUAAAAGGAUUCUCGGACCUGUAAUACUUCAGGCUAUAAAAGGCUUUGUGUUCAUAUCGACUAGUGAAGGGCGACUGUUACACGUGACGGACAACAUUGCCGAUUUCAUAAGAUUUACCAAGGAAGAUGUGGUCGGAAAGGAUAUUUACAAUAUUAUUCAUCACGGAGAUCAUCAGUCCUUCUUACCGAACGCUUUUCCAAUGUCAGUAGGCUGGCCAAAAGACCACACGAAGCGCAACUCUUUCGAAUGCCGGUUUCUGGUAAAGCCUCCCGAUGAUAAGGACGCGACUAUGGAAGAGAAGCAGCAACGCGUCUCAAAGUACGAACUCAUGCACGUGACCUCGAUCGUCAUCUAUCCGAACGCGGACGGCGAGGACGACAGCGACGAUCUGAGCAACAGCGCCGAUCUCGGGCCGUGCGUCAUUUGCAUCGCCCAGCGCCAGAGCCUCGACGAGCGGCGCGUCGGCAGCUUCAUCCUCAAGCUAGAUCGGCACUUCAAGAUAUUGAGCAUCGACGCUUCCCAGCUGGGACAUCCUUACGCAACCUACCUAUCCAAGGAUAUCCUGGUUGGAAAGAAUUUACAAGAUCUGUGCUACCCGCCCGAUCAAGACAAACUGAAUGAGCACUUGCAAAAUGUACUGGGCAACGAAAACGAUGCCCUUGUCAGCGCCUGUUAUCGAAUAGCCAUCGGCUCUGACACGCUUAUCAGUGUACGAACAAAGUCGAAGAUCUUUAAGGACAAACAUGACAGGAGCGCGGAUUUUAUAAUGGCCACUAGCUCGAUUUACAGGGAUUCCGAUUUCUACGAGGGUGGCCAAAUACCGAACAAUUCGAAACUCUGCAUGGGACACUCGAGUUUGCGCAACGCGAUCAGUACGGGUAGUGCCAACAGCGGUAGCAGCAACAACAAUAACAACAAUAACAACAACAACAACAACAACAACAACAACAACAACAACAACAACAACAACGUAGGGGGGCCACUGAUGUCGGUGGCUAGCCAGUUGAACGGUUUAGGGGCCAGCGUGGGCUUGGGCCCCGGCUCCGUGCGCUCUGGCAAUCCCGUGGUGAACUCGGGCUUCGGAGUCAGCGCCGAGACGUCCUUCAACCACUUUAACUCGUCGGGAAUGGACCUCGACUUUGACCUGUUCCCGAGCUCAAGCCUCGAGCUCGACAGCACCGCGAACUUCUGGAACUCGGUCGACAGCGUGCGCCCGGACUCGCGGAGCAGCAACCACAGCGGUAUCCAGCCGAGCAGCAGCAGUUCGACGACGCAGCAGCAAUCCGUGCAGUCGAUGACGCCUACGUCGCAGCAGCCGUCGCAGCCCGGCUCGCGGCCGUCCUCGCAGCCGAACGCGGCCUCGGCCUCGCCCCAGGCCCAUCAAACGACCGCCCCGGCCGUGCCCUCGCACUGCAGCCCCCUGCCCGCCUUUAGUCCGGGUAGCGCGGCCCAUCCCUUCGGCAACUCCUUUCCCUUCAGUCCGCUGCAGGAGACACAGAGUGCGAGCCUUGGUGGGUCGGGGCCCUCGGCGUUACAGCACGCGGGCCAGCCCAGCCCCAUGGAGCACAGGCCAAACGGGCCGCUGCAGCCCGACGAGCUGCAGCAUCAGUCACAGCUCCACCAGCAGCAAAAACAGCAGCAGAAACAGCAGCCGUCGUCCCAACCACAGCCGCAGGCCGGCAUGGAGUCGGGUAGGCUGCGAAAUCUGCUGACCAAGGGCAAUAGUAGCAGUAGUAGCAGUAGCGCCAACGACGAGGCGGGUGGAGGACAUGACGGUAACUCGUCGACGGCCAACGAGGGAAAGUCGACGAACACGAUACUCAAGAUCCUACUCAAACCGGACGAGGAUGGUUACCAUUCGCCGGAGCACGCGGGCUCGAAGUGCAUGCGCAGUCGGUUACCGAUCAGCCAGGUGCAGUCGCAAUCACAGCACAAAUCCGUACAACACGAGCCCUCCAAGCCCGGCAAUACGAUGCUCCUACAGCUGCUCAACGAAAAGUCAGAUGACGACGGUGAUAAGGAGGCACGGGAGUCGAUGAAAAACAGAAAUGAGCUGCUCACGCGACUUUUGAAGGAUUCUGAGGACGCGAGUAAACAUCAAAAUGUGAAACGAGAGGAAGAUCCUCUUUUGCGAGGUCUCGGCUUUCGAAACGUUUCGCCGACGACGUCGCAGAUGGAUCACGGCAAUGUAGCGAGCACAGCACACAAGAGGCCAGGGGAGGAUUCCGAUCACGGGUUGUCGGCGAAACGGCUGAUCGAUAACUCGCUAGUCACUAGCCAAUCGACGAUGAAUAAGGCAAACGCGAAAUUCAAUAACAACAAUAACAAUAAUAACAACAACAACAACAACAACAACAACAGCAGUAAAUCAUCGACGACGACGACGGCGGCGACGACGACAAUGACAGCAACGACGACGAUAACGACGUCAACGACGACGACGACGACGUCGACGAGUAAACUGUGGGAAAAGAACAAGAUGCUGGCGUCGUUACUAGCCAAGGACACGCCGCAGGUAUCGUCAGUGCCUUCCGUGCCCGCUGAUGUGAUAUCGGCUGUUCCUCAAACGAAAUUGCCUCGUAUGCUUAAAUCGGCACCGCCAACGCCACCGCAAGUUCAACAGCAGCAACAUCAACAGCUUCAACAGCCGCAGGCGUGGACGAGUUUGCAGUCGGUGGUUGGCGGUAAUGCGUCGACACCCAUAACCACCAUGUCCAAUCGGGGACCCAUGCAAAAUCAGUCGCGACAAAUGCUUCGGCAACCAACGAAUAUGUACCUUAAUCAUCUGCAGCAACAACAGCAUCAGCAGCAGCAACAGAGGCAAAUGGAUAUGGAGGCGGAUUUCUUAAGCAAUCAGGGUUAUAGUCAGCAAAAUACGGAUCUUUCCUCAUGGGGCCCUCAAUCUACUCUAGAUCCGGAUCUUUCCGAGAUUUUAGAUCAAGUCAUAGAAAUUGCACCAGAAGGUAUGGAAAAGAUUACAUAUAGUGAAAGAAAUUAUAAUUCUGCGAUAGUUAGUUUAUUGGAGGAAACGCAGCGAAAUGAAAAACUGGUGAUAAACGCCAUACAAAAAUCGUUGAUGCAGUGGGAAUCUACUAACUCUACGUCUUCCAACCUCCCAAUGACUGGUACUCCUCCAGCUUAUUCGUCUACGUUGACGAGUACGCCUGUGACGUCGAGUCAUAAUUACCAGCCGCCGCCGAUGUAUCAGCAGCAGCCACAGCAACAAUCUCAAUCACAACAGCAGCAGCAACAACAGCAACAACAGGUGCGAAUGCGAUUGAACGCGUCGCAGCAGCAGCAACAGCAACAGCAACAGCAGUCUGGAAUCCGGCAAUCUGCUGCACAGUUUACGGCACAAGCGCAGCAGCAACAGCAGCAGCAACUGCAGAUGCGGCAGAUGAAGAUGCAGCAACAGCAUCAGGAGCAACUGAGGAAGAGGCUAUUGCAAGCACAGCAGCAGCAACAGCUGCUGAUACCGUCAAAUGCAACGGCCACGGAGCAAAUAGCGACCGGCAUUCAAAAUAUCGAUAGCCUUAUGAACUCCGUGGCGCCGAAUGUUACGUUGCAGGUAUGGGGCAAUUCUAAGAGAUCGAGUGUGCCAGAACCACAAGUAUCACCAAAUUAUGGAGGAUCCGUCCAGAUGUCACAAGGGCAACACCGCCUUACACACUCGUACUCCCAUCCCAGCACGUUACCUCAGCACCCCGCUGUAAAUAACAAUUUUGCCAGUGGUCAACAAGUCUCAGCAUCGUCGAGACUAUCGCCGCACUCCCCAGCUGGUGUGAUGCCGUUUUCUCACCCACAACCGUUGUCUCCCAGGGUGACGUCACAGGGUAAUUACGCUACCAGUCCACGGAUGUUCAAUCAAGUGCGACAACAACAGCAGCAACAACAGUCAGGCCAACAGCCACCAAGUAUGCAGCAACAGCAGAGGUCGAUGUCGUCUCCGGGUACACCGAUCUCGCGGCAAUCUCCCUUCCCUGCUGAGCCCUUCCCACCCCCGGCGUCUCCCACGGCCAGUCAGUUCUCCCCGGUGCCCAACGCCGCUGCCACGAAUUCCCCGGCGCAGUAUCGGCUGCAGCGCACAUCUUCCACGCCGUCCUCCGCAACGCAAUUAUCAGGUGGGGUCGGCUCGCCCUGUCAUUAUGGCGGCGUGAGCAAGGAGCAACCUUUAUUAUCGCCUAGUCAUCCCCUAACGGGUUGUCCCACGACACCGACUCAUAAUCAACACAACGCCAACAAUACCCAACACUUUACAAACCAUCAACAACACUCAUCUAUGUUAUACCACAACGCCGGUGGCGUACCGAGUAGUCAGUACUGUUACGAUCGGACGUCGGUUAAUUUGUAUCAGUCGGGACCCGGGGAUGCGCAAGACAUUAGGCAUCCGCCUUCCAGUAAUCCUGCUAGUCACCAAAUCGGUGGUAACACGAGUAGCACAGGUGGUAUUAAUUCCGAGUACGUGCGUAAAGAGCUGAGGACGGUGGUGGACGCCCGGAUGCAGCAGCAACAGCAGCAGCAAAGGAUACCCAAUAGCCUUCAGAACAACCUGACCAGUCAGGUGUCGCAGGAAGAUUUGGAGUCUCUUGGCCUGAGUUACGACAUGACGCCAGGUGAUGCGUUGGUUAGCGAUGGCUCUGCCAAAAGUUGGGCCGGAAGCGGUACCCCCUCAUCCUCCAGGACUACUAUGGAAGAGGCGGCCCGAGGUGAUCCAAAGUCUGCGUCGCUGCUGCAGAAGCUACUGUCGGAGUGACUGGUGGCUGUGACUCGCUGCAGUAAGCAGAUCCGCGUGAUGUCCAUUUUUGGGAGUAUGAGUUUCAUACCGAGUAAACGAUGAUGAGGUGACGAGGACCUCCGGACCGCGAAGGGAAUGAACCGCGUCGCCGUAUCGCAAACAAAUAAGGAAGCUUCGAUGAUCAUCGGAAAAGAAAUGAAACGACAAAACGAAAAACGCCCUAUACGUAACGGAUACUGUUGUAUUAUAUAAUAUACAUGUAAUGUGUAAUUACCAUGUUGAGAGAGUAUAUGGGAGUCGUGUAAGUGUUGAGAGAGGAUACAUGAAAUCGUGUGUCACUCUCUCUUUCGCGCAGGCCAAACGCAAUCGGUAACUGUUAUAUAUUUAUGUGCAAGCAAAGGAAGAGGGAAGUAUGUACGUUAUAGACGCGCGACGCUCUCGCGGAUUUGGCUAUCGAAGUCUCCGGUGACGAGGAAUAAUCGAAUUAGGAAAAAAUUUUAUUGAAUACGAAUUGCGCGUGUAUUCGUUUUAUAUUGUUUCGACGUUGCACAUUUGAUGUGUCAAGGAAUACGUGUGAGCUGCAAAUAGCAAGGCAUUGCAUGUGAUACAUGGAUUUUAUACACAGGAACCCUAUCGUGCUCGAGACUCGCCCUAUUCUUUUUCUCCCUCCCCCGCACUGUAUCUCUGGCAUUUAAAGUACACACGAGAAGAAAAAAAAAAAAAAAAAAGAGAGA